AUGUUCCUUGCGGUCCUUUCUCAGGUCUCCUCUAUCAAAGACGCAGCGUCCUCUGCCCGUGACAGUGCCAGCGGCAUUGUCUCCUCCGCUAAAGGCGCAGCGUCCUCUGCCGCAGGUAAAGCUUCCAGUGUCGUCGAGAGCGUCCGUGGUUCCAUCUCCAGUGCUGUUGAGAGCAAGACCGGAAACGCUGCCUCGACCGCUACCAGCACCGAGGCUUCUACAUCUGAGCAUAUCAAUACUGCCGCGGCCGCCAGCAUUAGCAGUAAUAUUGCCAGAAUCAGCUCUGAUAUCCAAACUGCAAAAGGCGCCGUUUCCUCCUCUCUCCAUUCAGCUCUGGAGUCGGCUAGCAGCGCUCUUGCGAGUGCCAAAGCAAGCGCGACUGCUUCCGCUACCACGUCCACAAGCACGUCUAAAGCCGCCGGUGCCAUGACCACUGCUGCCGUUGCCAUAGGAGCCCUCAUGGGCGGCGCUGCCGUUCUCGUUAAUAUGUAA